UCACUUCCCGGGACGAGGAAGGCGCUGAGGCAGUGGUAAGUCAACGUCCUCCUCCUCCUUCCCUCCCUUUCCUCCCCCGAGUCAGUCACGGGACGGCAACCACUGGUGACCGGACUGGAUCCUUGACGUCCGUUUUACCAUAUUCCCCUUCACCCAACCAAUCAGCCCUUUUCAAGAAAUUCAUCAUCCUUGACUCUCUCUCUCUCUCUCUCUCUCCCCCUCUGUGAUAAAGUCUCAAUCUUUUCUCUCUCCCUCAUCAUUAACGGCUCUCUCUCUCUGGGGAGUAAUUUCCCGUUUCGGGUUAUCCUUGCGAAGAUCCCAACCAUCAGUCAUUGAUUCCGCUCUACCGUUAUCCGCGUCGACAGUUUCUUGCUCGCUGGGGGAAUCUUGUCGGGGUCUCUGAUUCUGGGGUAUCAGGUCGUCUUCCCCGACAAUGGUGGUGAAGAUGAUGCGGUGGCGCCCCUGGCCGCCCCCGGCAACGAAGAAGUACGAGGUGAGGUUGGUGGUUAGGACCCUGCAGGGCUGCGAUCCGCUGCCUGAGGGCGCAGGGGAGGACAGGAAAUUGACGGCGGAGAUCAGGUGGAGGGGGCCCAAGCUGGCCCUCAUGAGCUCCCUGAGGCGGGCGCCGGUGAAGAGGAACUUCACCACCGAGGAGGUUCUGGCCCAGAACGGCGCCGUCGUGUGGGAGGAGGAGUUUCAGACUGUUUGCGGCCUGACGGCCUACAAGGAAAACGUUUUCCAUCCUUGGGAAAUUGGUUUCACUGUCUUCAAUGUAUCAAGCCAAGGGUCAAAAAAUAAGGUUCCUAUCAUCGGAAGCUCGUCAAUAAACCUAGCUGAAUUUGCUUCUGUAGCUGAGCAGAAAGAUUUUGAACUCAGUAUCCCCCUUGUUUCGCCUACUACUCCUCCUGCUGAGUCUCCUCCAAUGCUCUCUAUAUGCCUCAGCUUAGUGGAACUGCAAACUGUUGCAGAAACCUCUGACUCAGUACAGAGGCAGAUAGUGCCCAUCACAUCUCCACCUCAGUCGGGGGAAGCUGCUCCAUCGGAAAAACAUGAGCUUUCUGCUCUAAAAGCCAGUCUUCAGAAAGUAAAGAUUAUCAGAGAGUAUGUUUCCAAUAGGAAAGCGAAGAAGGCCUGUCAUGAGGAAGAGGGCAGUGAGGAAAGAUGCUCUGGACAGAGUGAAGAUGAUGACCUUAGCUGCCCAAUCGAGUCUGAAUCUCUUGAUGAUUCUGAGGAAGGAGACAGUUCAGAUGAGGGCAAAGAAGGCCCUAGUGCUAGAAAGUCGUUCAGCUAUGGCCCACUCGCGCAUGCAAAUCAUGUUGGGGGUUCAUUCUAUUCUGGUGCAAACAUUGUUGGUGAAUACGAGGAUUGCGUUUAUUACAGCAACCGCAGGUCAGAUGUGGCAUCCAUGCCUGUUGAGGAUGUGUCUGCUUUGGUUUCUGAAGAGCCACAGUUGCAAACCUCAAAGCGUCGAAUCCUAUCAUGGCGGAAGAGGAAGUUGAGCUUCAGGUCUCCUAAGACAAAGGGAGAACCUUUACUGAAGAAAGCUUAUGCAGAAGAAGGUGGCGAUGAUAUUGACUUUGACCGUCGUCAGCUUAGCUCAGAUGAAUCACCCUCUCACAAGCCGCCAAAGGUCGACGAAGAUACUUCUGCAACUCAUUCUUCAUUCUCUGACUUUGGAGAUGACAAUUUUGCAAUUGGAAGUUGGGAGCAGAAAGAAAUCAUAAGCCGUGAUGGGCACAUGAAGCUUCAAGCCCAAGUGUUCUUUGCUUCCAUUGACCAGCGGAGUGAGCGUGCUGCUGGAGAGGGCGCUUGCACUGCCCUUGUUGCGGUGAUUGCGGACUGGUUCCAGAAGAACCAUAAGCUCAUGCCAAUCAAAUCUCAGUUCGAUAGUCUAAUCAGAGACGGCUCAUCGGAGUGGAGAAACCUCUGUGAGAACGAAAGAUACAGAGAACAAUUUCCUGACAAACAUUUUGAUCUCGAGACUGUCCUCGAAGCCCAUAUACGUCCCCUCUCAGUGGUUCCUGGGAAGUCAUUCAUUGGUUUUUUCCAUCCCGAGGAUGGUGCAAGAGAAGAAGGGAGGUUCGACUUUUUGGAGGGCUCAUUGUCUUUCGAUAACAUCUGGGAUGAAAUUAGCCGUGUUGGAUUGGAAUACUCUUCCAGUGGAGAUCCUCAAGUUUAUAUUGUUAGCUGGAACGACCAUUUCUUUGUUCUCAAAGUCGAGCCGGAAGCUUAUUACAUUAUCGACACGCUCGGUGAGAGGCUCCAUGAGGGUUGCGAUCAGGCCUAUAUAUUGAAGUUCGACAGCAGCACAUCAAUUUCCAGCCUUCCUCCAGAAGAUGAGAAAUGUGAUGAUGAUCGGACAACUCCAGUGGCGAAAAAUUUGCAGUCAGAGCAGGGCGAUCUGAAGGAGCAGUGUCCCGAGACAGAUGGAGCAGACUCCAAGAAAAUAGUUAAGAGUGCUGAGGCCGAGAUUAUUUGCAAGGGAAAGGAGUCCUGCAAAGAGUACAUCAAGAACUUCUUGGCAGCGAUCCCAAUAAGAGAGCUGCAGGCGGAUAUACAGAAGGGUUUGAUUGGAUCGACACCACUUCAUCAGCGGCUACAGAUUGAGUUCCACUAUACGCAGUUUUCACAACCACCCGUUAUAGCUCCAGCGGCACAAGCGACACCCCGAGGCCCCACGACCAUUUGAACCUUUUGCAGCAGCAGAGGUGGUGGCCUCUUGAAAGAGCUAACAGCCGGGUGCAGGAAUCCUAAAGUGCACAGUUUUUUCCCCCUGACAUGUUUUUUGCUUUGUCCAAGGUUGAUUUCUGACAAAUGUGAGCUUCUUCGGACUUCAGCAGGGUUAUGUAAAAAUGAUGUCUCUUUGCUCGACAUGUUUUUCUAACAAGCUGUCAAUCUCUCGGAAGAGGUCCCCCCUAUGAAUGAUAUGUAAUUUUCUCAGUGAGAUUAGAUAUUUUCUCGAUGUUGA